CGCCGCGCGCGCGCGACCGCGCGACCGCGACCCGCGACCCUCGCGUUCGGCGUCGCGCGUCUCGUAUCUCUCUCCUAUCUCGCGUCGUCGCCGCGCUCGCGAUGACGCCCCGCGCGGGCGGCGCCGCGCGCGUCUACGCGCUUCUCGUCGCGUUCGCGUGCGCCGCCGUCGUCCCCGUCCCCGUCCUCGGCGCGGCAUCGGCGAUCGUAACGGUCCACGGCGGCGCGACCGAGGUUCUCGAGCUGCACGGGUCCGGGACGACGAACCCGUCGAAGCUGUUCUGGAAAGUCAUGGACAUCCUCGAGGAGCGGUCGAAGAAGCCGCUGACGAUGACGUAUCGCGCCGUCGGCUCGAGCACGGGCCAGUGCGAGUUCAAGGGCGACUGCGGCUCUGACUGGACGCAAGACGCCUCCAACGCCGGGAAACCGGCGACGCACUUCGGCAGCGGAGACAUCCCGUUCAGCUCGGCCGAUCACGCCGCCAUCUCGACGACGGCUCCCGCGCGUCCAUUCAUGCACGUCCCUUUCAUGAUCGGCGCGAUCGGCGUGUUCCACUCCGUCCCCGCGGACGACCUCCCCGCGUCCACGCGCGCGCUCAAUCUCGACCGAUGCGUGCUGUCAGGGAUCUUUCAGCGGCUCAUCACGACGUGGGACCACGCGGACAUUCUCGCGUUGAACCCCGGGUUUUCCCCGCCCGCGGGGCAGCCGAUCAAAGUGGUCGCGCGCGAGAACGGGUCGUCGUCCACGACGCUCACCGCGUUGUACCUCAGCACCGCGGGCGCCGGGUGCGCGUACGCAUGGAAGCUCGGCACCGGAUCGGGCGGCCCGGGGACGUGCUCGACGACUGCCGCGCUCGCCGUCGGAUCGACGACGGGCGCGCGCAAGUGCCCGGACUGGGAGUACACCGCCCCCGCGGCGUCCGGAUCCGUGGUGUACGCGCAGGGCUCCGGCGGCGUGUCCGGGUACCUCGCGGCGAACCCGUACGCGAUCGCGUACAUCGACUCGGGGCACGGGCACGCCGUCGGCGCGAGCGAAGUCAAGGUCUCCGCCAAGGACGGAACGUUUAUCUCGUCGAAGGAGGCGGACAUCCCCGCCGCGGCCGCGGCGGCGAUCACCGCCGCCGCCUCGGACGCGGCCUCUCCGCUCAAUCCCGCGAACGCGGCCGCCCCAAACACCAUCGUGGACGCGUUCAAGCGCUCCUGGCACGACGUGACGCUCAUGAACCAAGGCGGAGGGUCGUUUCCGAUAUGCACCUUCUCGUACAUGUACAUCGACACCGACCCGAGUUACCUCAAGGACGCCAGCGGCGCGCUUCUCAAAGCCUUCGCGCAGUUCAUCUUGAGCGAGGAAGGCCAGCGCAUGCCCGCGGAGUUUGGGUUUUACCCCCUCCCCGUCGGCACGGGAACUCUCGCGUCUCCGGAGUCGACCUCGCUUCUGAAGAAGGCGCGCGACGCCGUCGACGGACUCGCCCCCGGCGGGUCGCCGACGGCGUGGACGUUCGAGUCCGAGUCCUCCACGCGAAAGGGCGAGGGCCAGGGCGACUACGUCUUCUCCGGGAAACGCACCGCGUACGCGGACUACGAGCGCGCGAAGAUCGUCACCGACGUCGCGUCGAUCAAGACGCAGAUCCUGGACUUGCAGUACAACGAGGUCGUGCAGCUUCACGGCUCCGGGACGACGAACCCGCAGAAGGUUUUUUGGAAAGUCAUGGACAUCCUCGAAGAGCGCGCGCGCGUGCCGAUGUCGAUGUCUUACCGCGCCGUCGGCUCGAGCACGGGCCAGUGCGAGUUCAUCGGGAGCUGUUCCUCCGGCACGAUCGUGAACUCGCCGGCGUUCGUGCCCUGGAAUCACUUCGGAAGCGGCGAUAUCCCAUUCUCGAGCGCCGAUUGGACGUUUCUCACGAACACCAACUCGAAGCCGUUCAUUCACGUGCCUUUCCAGCUCGGAACGAUCUCGUUCUUUCACUCCGUGCCGUCGUCGUACGGCGAGAUCAAGCUCGACGCGUGCACGCUCGCGAAGAUUUUUAAGACGGACAUCAACACCUGGGACCACGCGGACAUCAAGGCUGCGAACCCGGGGUUCAACCCUCCCGCGGGCGCCGCGAUUAAAGUCGCGCAUCGAACGCACGGCUCGUCGUCCACGUCGCUCUCCACGCAGUACCUCAACCUCGCGUGCAGUAGCGCGUGGACGCUGACCGGCAGCACGAUCACGUGGCCGGCCAGGACGCACGCGGUCGAAGGCAGCGGCGGAAUGACGACGUACCUCCAGUCGAACCAAUUCGCGAUCGGCUAUCUCGACAGCGGGCAUGGCAUCGCCGCCGGUCUCUCCGAAGUCGAGCUCAAAAACGCCGCGGGACGGUACCUGAAGUCUUCCCAAGCGGACGUCGCGGGCGUGACAGCCUACGUGACCUUGCCCUCGAGCGCGCAGGCGGACUGGUCCGCGGUGUCGCUCAUGAAUAAGCCCGGAGCCUUGACGUGGCCGAUCACGACUUUUUCGUAUCUGUACGUUCGAAAAGACCUCACGUCGAUGGGGCGCUCCGGCGCCGCGGUCAAGGCGUUCGCGCAGUUCCUGCUCUCGGACGAAGGUCAGGCGAUGCUCCCGGAGUUUGGGUUCUACGGCGUCUCCUCCGCCGUGAAAGCGCUCGCGAACGCGGGCCUCGCGUCGGUCAAGCUCGCGUCCACGGCGCCCGCUUUCAUCUUCGAAUCCGAAGCCACGACGCGAAAAGGCGUCGGGCAGCAGUACUACACGCUGUCCGGCAAGCGAAAGACGUACGCGGAGAUCGAGCGCGCGACGUUCCGCGCCGAGCUCAACGCGAUGGUCGUCAAGUUUAACGCCCUGAAAGCGCAGCACGACGCGCUCGCGGCGACGAUGACGACGACGUACAAGUACGAGAACACGACCACCGUCUACGUCGGCAAUCCCAACAAGAACGACGGCGCGGGGCACGAGGAGCACGAGUGGAUCGAGCAGAAGGCGGACGUCGCGCUCGCGCUCGCGCUGAUCGGCUUCCUCCUCGCGGUUCCCGCGCUCGUCAUGUCCGCGGUCGCGACGCACCGGAUUCGGUUCUUGGGGCAGUCGCUCAACGUGCAUAAGACGUUGGGGCAGGGUCUCUUCGAGGAGCAACGCAACCCGCCGGGGGAGCAGCGUGACUUCGGGUACCCGCCGCCGCCGCCGCCUCCGGGUGAAGAGUAACCCGUUCGCGCGCGUCGACGUCGUCGGACCCGGCGGGCUGCCCACGACGGCGAUGCCGCUUCCGCGCGCGUGAGCGUCGGCGUCGGCGGCAUUGGCGCGACGCGACGUUUCGUGACGCGCGCGGCGCAUCAUCGAGACCAUCGAGAGCUACGCGACGGCGCCGAUCGCACGCGGCGGGUACGGUGACCGAAGGCGUGGACUUAAAACCGGCGACAUCGUCGGCGUCCCCUUCGUGAUUUACCCGUUCGCGCGAUCGAGCGCGGGGGCGCGAGCGCACUUGCAUUUUUCAUCAGUUUUUCAGUUUUUCAAUUUUCGGCGUGCGAAGUUUUUAGGAGGUUCGGCGGCGGGGCGUUGGCGCGACCGCGACGGGCGCGUCGUCGCGACGUUCGUCUCUCACCGGGACGCCUACAGAAUACGCGCGAGAAGCGCGGCGGGGUGUUCCGACAGAGUGGACGGACGCGGUAGCGACAGAUGUAACGAGGAGUUAGCCCGUAGCCUCAGUC